GCAGUCCAGCUCUCGCCUCCAGACUUCACACAACGAUGAAGGUACCUGGCAGCUGUCAUACUUGGAAUAUGUGAUUUCGUAGCUUCACAUAUGCAUGAAAACAGUUACUCUGGUGCUCAGUGUGGCGGCGGUGGUGACGGCUCGAGCGGCCCCUCAGGGAUAUGGAGUCCCAGGGACUGGCGGGUCCGGGGGCCAGUACUCCUCUGCCCCAGCUAACUACAACUUCCAGUGGGACGUUGACGACGCUGUUUCAGGCAACUUCUACGGCCACGGGGAACAAGCAACCGACGGAAACGUCCAGGGCAGUUACUACGUACAGCUGCCAGAUACCCGCCGCCAGCUGGUGGAGUACACCGCUGACGAUUCCGGCUACCACCCCGUCGUCACCUACGAAGGUCAGGCCCAGUUUGGUGGCGGCGGCGGCGGCAAGGGGUCUUCUGGAUCAAGUGGAGGCUACUCCUACAGUGGUGGCAGCGGCGGCGGCAGCAGCGGCGGUGGCGGCCAGGGGUCUUCAGCACCAGCUGGAGGCUACUAUCCCUAGCAAGGAGCUCUUUAUGCUUAAACUUUGAGACGUUCAUUAUUUUUGCUUUUCAAUUUAUAGUGAGCAUAUUAUGGAAGAGGGUGAAAUACAUUAUGUUUAAGCCCAAACUGACCUCAUCCUGCCUAAUAUUACAUUUAGGAGACUUGUAAAUUAGUCACGAAUGUUUAUGUUGUAUAUAUUAUAUACCAAAAGAAGUCAUGCUGGUUUUGACACAUAACUAU